AACAGAAAAAAAAAAAUCUUAUUUGAGACUUUUUGAUGAAAACAAAAAUAUUUGAUAAACUUCACUAAAAAUGAGUAAAUCGGAGGAGAAUUUAAGUGAUUUGUGCCUCGUUUGUAGUGAGUUUAUGGGAGGAUUUAAGCAAAAUGUUGAGGAUGCACUAAACUACUCAAAUAGAACUAUUUUGGAAAUCUUGGAAUCACUCAUAUCGUUAGGUCCAAUCGACAAAAACUCAGAUCAGACCAGCAUUUGUCAAAACUGUUACAUAAAAUUCAAUGAACUUGACGAGCAUCAGACAAUCGCAGACAAAAUUCGACUAGAUCUUUCAUAUCUUUACGACACAUCACAUCCAAUUCAUGCAACACAAGCCACAGAAAUUCUAAAAGUUAAAAUUGAACCGAUUGACAUUCAGUCGGUUGAGAAUGAAAUUUAUGACAGUGAUAAUUACAAUCAAGAUAAUCAUGAUGAUAAAGAUGACGAUGAUGAUGAUGAUGACUUUGAUGAUUCUGACGACAGUGACAGUACAAAACCAGAGGAAACAAAAGUGUCUCCAGUAAGAAGUAGAAGAUCGGCUGUAAAUAAAUCACAGACAUCACCACAGAAAUACAAAAAAUUAAAGUCAUCAGGUUCGUCAUAUAAAUUUAAGGAUGAAAAUAUUAAGGAACACAAUCUCAAUGGACAAAUUGUAUUUCAAUGUACAAUAUGCAAUAAGACAGCACAAAAGAAAGGACAAAUUAGGCAGCAUAUAAGGAUUCAUACAAGUAAGAGGGAAAUUUGCUGUCCUGAGUGCGGUAAAAUGUUCAAAACUCCAAGUUGUCUAUAUUCUCAUAAGAAAAUUCAUCUGAAGAAUAAUAGAAUGAUAUGUGAUAUGUGUGGAAAAACAUUCGACAAGAAGUAUUAUUUACUUGAGCACAUGAAUGCCAUUCAUCUGAACAGACGAGAAUACAUCUGUACUAUAUGUGGACUGACGUUCGCACGUAAACGAUCCCUUCUGAAGCAUGCUUGGGUCCACAGUGGUGAUACAGAAAAGAAAAUAGUCUGCUCAGUGUGUGGAUUUAAAUCUCAUACUAAACAAGGGAUGAUAAGGCACAGCAAAACACACACAGGAGAACGAAACUACGCAUGUGAGAUUUGUGACAAGAGAUUUGCAUGUAAAUACAACGUCAAAGCACACGUAAAUGCUGUACAUAAAGGUAUACGACCGAAGGUUGAUGAGGCCAAAUUAAGAUGUAAUUUAUGUGGACGAAAGUUCCCAAGACAAAAGCAAUUGAAGAGGCAUUUGGCUGAAGAGCACAAUAUGCUGCAAUUUCAAAAUCCAAAUCAUGGAAUUAUUGUUUAAGGCUCCCUUUUUUACGAUAUUUGAGUACAUGUGACGACAAAAUUUCUUUAUAAAAAUAAUUUAAAAACUGUAAAUUGGAUGUGU